AUGAUGCUGCAGAACGCGCAGAUGCACCAGCUGCUUCUGAGUGGCCAGGUGGCAGCGGUGCUCAACCCGGGGCUUGCCUGGUCCGGCCCGCAGGUCUACCUGGAGGGUCAACAGGAGGCGGCGUAUGAAGAGGAGGAGGAGACCGAAGCCCAGGAGGAGGGGCCUUUGGUGUUCCACCACCACUACCUGCCCUGCCCGAUGCCUGCUCUGGGCCCCCUGCUCUCCUGGCCGGCCCCUCUCCUUUCCCCUCCCCUACCUCAGCCCUGCUUGCAGCACUUGGCCAGGGUUCAGCACUACCCUUCUACCUCUGGGAAAAGGGGGACGAGAGCCGUGCCCCCGCCUCCACCCCCCAGCGCCACAGGGACUGUGGGUGUGGAUGUACCCCCAGCUUCAGACUACUAUGAUGCCGAGAGCCUACCUGAUCGCUGCCUGGGCUGGCAGAGGCCUGGGAACCAGAGCCCUCCCUCGACCUCCACUCCCUCACCCCCCACCCCGGGGAUGGCCAGCGCUGCGGCGUCUCGGGUUGGCCCAAUAACCGAGCAGGAGGCCCAGAGUGAUGGGGGAGGCCUGGCUGAGGAGAUCCUGAAGCUGAGCCCUUGGGGCCCCCAUGCUUACCCCUGGAAGCUGGCUCUGUUGACAGAAAGGAAAGGAAUGAGUCGCUCAGUGUCCGAUGAGGGUGGGCGUCUGGUGCCUGGGCUGGUCAGCAUGGGGGUGCCCCAGGGCCUGGGCUCCCCGGGGCUCUGGAAGUCCCCCGUGAAGGAGAGGGUGGAGGGAGGCUGA